CGAUUGACGAUAGACACCACAGCCUUUCGAUUGAGGUUUAUUUACCAUUAAACUCAUGAUCGAUAAAGGUGAAUAUCGUUGGAGUCUACUAACAGCGUUGUUUUAUGUGAGACAUACCUGUUCGCAAUGGGUCGACCAAGGCUCGACGCAUACAUCCGCGGUAUAGACUACCUGGGUGCCAAACAGGAGAAUAGAAAUAGCGAUGACAACCCGGGGGACAAACUGUUAGAUUACGAGGGACUCGUGAACUUCGACAGCGCGUUCAACAUUGAGGAAUUGAAGAGUGGUUAUGCCGCUUUUCGAGAGAAAGUCUGCGUAUCCAAAUUUCCCGGUCGCCAUUCGGGUCCGUACUGGGUCGCCUACUCCACUCUUUGUGUGCUAGAACGACUUUCUAACAAAUUCGACAAAAACGAGUCUCAGUUGAAAGCGAUUGGUCGCGAACAGUUUGAAACCUGGCUUGCUCUGCUGAAGGCAAAACCGAGCUCCGGUCACGUGGAUUUGAUGUCAUUGGUGAACACAGAUCGUUAUAAGCUAUAUAUCCAGAGCUGCUCGCCCUCUGAACUGGACAAAAUAUUGGCGUCGAUGAAAAUGAAGUUUUCAUACGACCCAUCUGAAUCAGAUGAAGAAAGCACAUAUGCCGACUUCUUACAUACCGCUAUUGUAAAGUUUUUCAACAAGUUUGAGAAAGGGCAGCUAGAUGCUUCUAGAAAGUCAUUUCUUGACCUUUACAUGUUCUAUCGAAGUCAACUAUGUACACAGUCAGAAAUGAUGCAGCGCUACCAUGGGGACACUGUCAGAGAUAUGCGAAACGUUUUUGAAGACGAGAACCCUUACAAGGGACUCAAAGAUGCACAGGUUCUGAAACAACACUUGGAGCAAAUCAAGGAGGAAAUAAGAACUACUGACUCAGAUUUGGGGACACUUCAGGUCCAAGAAACUUUGAAAUGCAUACUCUGUGCAUCUAGCCAAGAUGAGCUCACGAGAGAGAUCUUUUCAGAAUGUACCGACAUUAUUGUGACAUUAGCUUUGCGAACUACUCGGCCUAAGAACUCGGAUCGUAUUUUCUUAGUAUUCCGGAUGCAACUGUUCAGGGACUAUUCUAAGAAACACGGAAAACCCGACUCCAGUGUGUUCACUGCAAUGGCCAACAUGUGCAUAAAGACGAGUCCGGUUGCGCACACUCUUCCCGAAGAUGGUUUACGAUGCAUUUCCGAAGCGUUCGAAUACUGCUGGGAAGGUUAUACCAACCUUUCUAGCGAGGAAACCACGUUGACACUGAAGGUUUGGACCUUAUUUCUGGAGUCAGGUAAAGAGGAUCUAACAAACAGAAUCUACGAUUCUCUCAGGGAUAGAGAACGGCUAGCACAAAUAGUAUGGAAAGAGCACAUGGAGGAGGUUAAAGGCCUGAUGGAAGCUGUCAGAAAAACACCGGAGGAAAAAAUCGAAAAUUUUUCACACUACCAAGAUGUUAUGAAAGAUAUAUUCGCAUUGUUAAAAAAAAGCAAGUUACUUAAUACAAUUCGAAAGGAUAUAACACAGUUCGUGUUUGAUUGUGCGGUAUCUCAAUCUUUUGAGAAAUCUCGCUUAGGUGAAACAGCCUCGGAGUUUAUCGAUAUAACAAAAAACGACGGGGAUUUGAUUGAGUUCAUUCUGGAUACCUGUUUGUCAGUGCUUCAGAGAACUGAGCUAUUUCAAAAGUUUGACGGGAAUAGUGCCUCGGCAAUACAGCGACUUUUAACAAAUUGUCUGGAAGCAUACAAAGGGAACCCCAAACUUGUUACUGAUGUGCAACAUAAAAAGUGGCUGAAGCUGUUGGCGUUUCUAGGCGAGGACAUGGAGAGACUGUUUCCAGAAGAAGAGCCUUACACUGUUUACCUCAUCCUCUGUGGCAAUACAUGGGCUCCAUACAUUGCAUUGAUCGGGCAAACCCCAAGGUUAAACGAUUGUCUAGUUUUGUUUGACCAUAGUCUGAAAAUAGCCAAGUUAGUAGAAGAAAAUUCGAAUGGCUCGUUUAGCUUCAUAAGCUCCAUUUCCUUAGCAAUGCUGAUGUUGUUUGCCGUCAACAAACCGCCUGGAAUAGGUGUAUACGCUGACAGUAUAAUGGAUCUUUUUCUAGAAGUUGAAGAAUGCUCUAAUUUGUCGAUACUUGUGAACAACGUGUAUCCAUUGAAUCCAACGGCUGUGCAUGCCAGAAUACAGGCGUGUAUCGACAGAAUACAAACUAUUAAAGAUUCACAGGUCUCGGCAAUCUUGUCGGUGCUCACAGUGGUUGCUACAAAGCAUCCCGAGGUAUUCAACGCCAACCAGACAAAGUAUUUCAUUGAAAUGAGUACAAAUGCACAAAGCAACCUUACCUCGACCUAUUUGGCGAUCGCAAUGGUCAUUGCUCGCAAUAACCCUGCCAUCGUAGCCCCGCAUUAUAAAAUGCUGAUGACGGACAAGAGAUUUAAACCAGAUUCUCUUCCAGUUAGGAUAAUCAUGAUUGUAAAUAUAGCUGCUCAUAAUACGGCCGUAUUACACGACGUCAUGGACUUCCUGGUGUCAAUUAUGAACUCGAAUGACCCAGAAUUGGUGAAAAUUGUUAUUGGCCAACUAUCGAUGUUGGCCAAGAAAGAUCAGGACUAUAUGAAGAAACACAAACCGACUAUCGAGAAGCUCCAAAAUAAUACAAAAUCACUGGAAAUGAAAGAUUCUUUCCAAUGCCUGCUAGAUAUAAUCGACGGAAAAGGUGUUGAAGAAUUAAUUGAUGGAUUACAACAGCAACAACAGAUAGUUAGCACUCUUGAAGUCAAGGUUGGUGCCACAAUGAACACAGUGAUAUCACUCGGAGAACAAGUCAUCAAGCAAACUGAAGAAAUUUCUGAUAUUCAACAAGAUUUAGAGAAGGUUGAAGAGCGUGUAGAAGUUGUUGAAACUGACAUUGAUCAAACCAAACUAAAGGUGGAAGAAAUCGACAAUAAGACAAUGACCAAUGCUCCAAAAUGGUCCCGUGAUCUGUCCAAACUGAUGAAUCCAGAGGAGCGAAAUGAUUGGCGGCUGUUGGCCAGCCGGUUAGGCUACAAGAAUGCCGACAUUAAAGCAUGGGCUCAGCAGCAUGAUCCAUGCAUGGCUUUGCUGAGCGAAUGGUACGCCACACAUAAAACUAGUGAAGCUAACAAAGGCCUUUUUACGGCACUUCAAGAGAUGAAUCGUGUUGACGGGUUGAUUAUUGUAGAAAACGCCAUGAAGAUUGCUGAUAACGUUGUAGAAGAUGAUGAGUUUGAAUACGCGAGCCCGCCACCUGUGUUUCUUAGUUAUCAGUGGGGAAUUCAAAAUGAGGUGAAACUGUUGAAACAACACUUGGAGUCGGCUGGAUACGUGUGCUGGAUGGAUAUUGGCCAGAUGGGAGGGGGAGACAAUUUGUUCGAAAAAAUUGACAACGGCAUCCGCGGAGCCAAAGUGAUUGUUAGCUGCACGACCGAAAAAUAUGCAAAAUCUCCUAACUGCAAUCGCGAGGUAAACUUGGCCGUUAAUUUGGGAAAACCAAUAAUUCCACUGCUUAUGGAGAAAAUGGACUGGCCACCAAAGGGUUCGAUGGGGCCGAUAUUCAGUGAAUAUCUGUUCGUUAGGUUUUUCCAACGUUCCGGAGAAGAGACUGCGGACUCAAGAUAUUGGCCAGUUGAAAAGUUUCAAGAACUUCUGAUGCAGCUCAAUUUUUACGCCGUCCCAGAUCACAGCCUUUUGAAGUCGGAAUAUAAAGACUGGUGGAAGCCAAUUACAGAAGAAAUAAAAAUUGAAAAGAAGAAGGACGUUACAUCUCAGCAACAAAAUAAACAAGAGGUAGCAAACCGACCGUCUCCACAGAUUUUUUUGUCAUACCAAUGGGGAAAACAGCCUCAGGUAAAAGCUUUAUACGAGCGACUCCUUUCACUUGGGUACACAGUAUGGAUGGAUAUAUUUCAAAUGGGAGGAGGUGAUUCCUUGUAUGACAAAAUCGACAAGGGAGUUCGUGGUGCAAAUGUCGUGGUAUCAUGUGUUACUCCAAAGUAUGCCCUCUCGGCUAACUGUCGACGCGAGAUCAGCUUGGCCGAUGCGCUGAAGAAACCUUUAGUGCCUUUAAUGUUGGAGCAGAUGAAGUGGCCACCAGAUGGCCCCAUGAGCAUGGUAUUUACAGAAUUACUGUAUAUCAACAUGUGCAAAGAUGACGAUAUUCAGAAAACAUGGUCAGGUCCGAAAUUCGAUGAGUUGGUAACAAAACUCCACGAAUUUAUUGCGGACAACGGCCAGGUUGUCAAGGCUGUAGCAAGUACCGUUAAAGCACCGGUUCAGGAGAAGGCAAAUGUUGAUGAGAACACAACCCCCAAGAGGCAGAUUAAUACUAAGACGGAUAAAGCAAGUUCCAAUAAAUCACAGAUAACACCACAAUCUCCUUCAAUGACGGCUAUCACUCUUGUAAGAAAAACCGACCAGACACCUGAAGUGAAGGCGAUGCAUUCAGUCGCGUCUUCUCCGAUCACGAACGACAAGCCUUCAGUGAAUUCUAAAUCGUCAUCAUGCGUUGUCAUCUAACAUGUUGUAACUAUGUUUUUGUGCAAACUUUAAUUAAUUGAGUAUUGAACUGAUUAAUAAUAAGUAGAAUGGUGUUUUACUUUUUGUUAUAUUAUUUUGACAUUUUUAUUUUAUAUUUGUGUUCUCCAAAAAUGAAGUCAUACGAAUUAUCAAUUUUUUUGGGCGUGAAUUGUGAAUGUGCUUAAAAAUAUAAAUAAUCUAGAAACUAUUUCCCGGAUCAGAAAUCGACUUUAAUAUUGUUAAUUGUUCGUUUUUGCUAAAUGCUCUGACAAAACUCAAUUUCAGAGAUUAUUUUACUGUUCUAUUGAUUUAACAUGCGUAAUUGCGUAUAUUCUAUUGAAGUAUGAUUGUAUAAUAGAACAAUAUCUCGAACAUUAGGCAUUACUGCAAUAGUUAGGUUUAACAUUAGAGAUAAUAUGUGUGCUUUUAUUCUCUUUUGAUAUUUUAGUUUUGUUAAACUAUUUUUUAUAAGGCCAUACAAAGGAAGUCUCUGUAGAUAGGCUGCAAUGUAAAGUAUACUAAUUUUUUUAAAAUGAAUUCCACAUACAUUUACGAUAUUAAAUGAGAUAUGAAUUAAUCAAACGAUACUUGCUUAUGCUGUUUAAUCUUUGAUAAAGGGAAAUCCAUUUUUGAUAAUGUUCAUAAAAACUUUAAUGUUUGUUAUUUCGGAAAUGAAAUUAUUUUGUUAAUUGUGAUGUUUUUAGUGACGGCCGUAGAUGCUGAUAGUCUAUUAUUCAUUUUCGUGUGUUGAAAGUAUCCGCAAAAUGCGUACAUUCCAAUGAAAAGUAAUGUCUGGUCCAGAAGUGAGACUACCAUAGAGAAGGAUUCUUAUAUUAUAUAUUCUAAAUGUAACAUUAAUUUUUGUUUUAACGACUUUAUCAAUCAUUAAUAUUCGAUUGCAUCAAACCGCGUAAUUUCAUUCGCCGUAAUUCAUGAAAUAAAAUGUCAUAAACUGUGGUUUUCUACAGUUAAAAUACCGCUGUGCAAGUGAUAAUAACUUCAUCGUACACAAAUAUCAAAUUGCCAUAAUUGCGUAUUAUUGUUAUUUCGACGCGAUUUCUUAGAAUUGUGUUUUCUUAGAAAUAUAACUGCGGAAGUGAGAACAUGUGUUCCCAUUACUUCAUUAGUUAUUACAGAUUACUAUGCGACGAUUCUUUUGACUUUAAUUGGUUAAAUCUCUCAAUAUAUUUGACUUAAAAAGAAACAUAUUCAUGUUACAUUUUGUUUUAAUUAGUUUUUUAGUGAUUACUUUUUUUCGCGCCUCUGCCUAGUGCGAUAUCUAAAUGAAAUGCGUCGUUCCGAAAUGGUAUGCCAAAAUCAAUAUAAAAUUCAUGUUUGGGCAUUAGGUUGAUGUGCUUUGUCAUAUCCAAUAUUGUAUUGAACUACUUCUGCACGCGAUAAAUAUAUGUAAUAUUAUCUACUAUUUUGCAAUUACUCGCAAAUUCCAGUAACCUUGACUUGAGUCAAAAUUGUGUCGACGUCUAUGAUAAAAUCUUCUAGAGAUCAUCAUUAAAAUAGUCAUUGAGGCUGUUCAUCCGUUGAAAAAAUAUCAGUCAUUAUUGUGACCUUUCAUGUCUAUUGAGUUGAUUAGAACGUAAUAAAUGAAUCAUUGCUCUUAAAAAAUAGUUUUGAUUUUUUCUUUCAACUAACACUUUCAAUAAAUCACUGAGACAUAUAAGUGUUUUGUCACACACUUAUUUUAACACUAUGAACAUGUAUAAUUAUUUACUUCCAUUACAAUAACGUUCAUCCUAUCCGGCAAUAUUUGUUUUUCAGAAAAUGUCUCUUCAAAACGAAGAAUUUUAGCUAACAUGGUAAAUGUAAAAGCCUCUUUUGCUUACUAAUCAUUAUGGCAUAUGUAUACUCAAAGGAAUAUUCUUGCUUAAUAAAUAGAAACGCAAUACCACUGGUAUUGAUUUUAUUACCGUACAUUUAUCAUGGUAUUGGAAAAUCAAUGUCAUCCUUUGAUAUCGCGAUAAAAUGUCUCUUUUUUGCUGAUUUAAUUUAUUUACGUCAAUCAUAAUAAAUAUUAUCUCAGUAAACAUUUCAGAAGUGUGCUCUAAUUGAUUUUUCAUCUAUGUUUACGCUUUACUUUUCUUCAAGUCGUCGGAGAAAUUUAAGUAAAAUAAUAAUUAUUAUUUUAAAGUGCUUAUCGGUUGUAAAGAGAACAAAAAUAAACAAUAUACAUAGAGAAUCAAAUAAGUUAUCGUCAAAUAAUCAGAUCUAAUAGGCCCGAAAAAAGUUGUAAUUUUAAAAGUGUAUGUAUGCAUAGCCUCUUCAUUUAAAACCAAUAAUUAAUUAGUUUUAGUUUCCCCGACGUACUUGAGAAUGUUAAAAUUAUAAAGCUGUUCAUCAACCAAUUCGCUAUGCCAUUUAAGUUUAUCAAAACAUGAUGCUUAAUUUUUUAAUCAGAAUGUCUCCUAGGAUUUUCCUUCAAUUGCCGAUUCCGUUUGUUGUAAUUAUGCAUGCUAUGUGAUUUCAAAGUUGUUCAUUGAGGUUGCUCACGCUUUUCCUAAAUUUUUGAUUUGGCAUGUCCUUAAUUUGUUUUAAUCCCAAAUGCUAUGUUUCGACCCUAACAAGGUUAUAACCAUUUUUUAUUGUUAAUCAUGAUUUUUGUUGUUUUGUGGCAUAGGAACGCCUAACAUAACAAAACAUUUCACAGUUUCAUCUACGGUUCGAUCAGAGGCAUGUUAAAGAAUUAAGAAUUUAAGAACAACAAUGUGGCUAUUAUAUUAAUUUAAAAAACACAUCAUUUUAAAUGUGAAAUUAUCAAAUUAUAACGAAACAUCAACUUCGCUGAAAACAAAUUCACUAUCAUAUAUACAUAUAUACAAGGUAUUCAACUCAAAAUGACCUCGCUUUGAACAGCCAUAGCUUCAUCAAUUGUGCAGCGAUUGCGAUUAACUCAUCUUAUUCAAUGCAAAAUGAAUUUCCUUUCUGGAGAUGUACAUAUCUUGUAAUAUUGUUUACAAAUGCUGGGUUAAAUUUUAAGAAAUAACACGAUACACAACUCGCGUGACCUACUCGUUGUCGAUCUGAUCCGAUCAAAGACUGAAAUCUUCACGGAGUAAAAGGCAUUUUUCCUGCUAAGUUUACGGACCUCGGUAUCAUAGUUCAAUAAAACGUAUAAAAAAAAUCUUACAGUUCUUGCCGUUGCAUCAAAACUAACUGCCCAGCGCCGUUCGAAAUCUUUGUUUACUAAAUUUCAACUAACCGACAUUUUUAACACACGAGUGAUUCCAUUGGUCCAUCGCGAAGGUGUGUCUUUACUUCUGAAGAUUUCAUACUUGAAUCGGAUCUGAACCCAGCAGUUAUAAAAAGAUUACAAGAUAUGUACUAUUCCAGAAAGGAAAUUCAUGACUGCGUUGAAUAGGACCGAGUGCAUGGAAAUCGCUGCACAAUUGAUGACGUUAUCGCUGUUCAAAGCGACGCGCCCUAUUUUCGUGUCGUUUUGAGUUGAAUACCUUGUUAUAUAAAAAUAUAUAUUUUUAAUAGUGAAUUUGUUUUUCAGAGAAUUUAAUUUUCGUUAUAAUUUUAUUAUUGUUCAUUCAAAAUGAUAUUUUUACUAAUUAAUAUCAUACCUACACGCUAACAACCUGUGAGAACAACUAUACUUAAACAUGUAUAACGUUUUGAUGCAAAACGAUAUCCUUUAACAAAGUCAAGAUAUCUAUGUAAAUUGUAUUACUGACACUAGUGACAGAGCGUAUUGAGUUAUCUGAAGAAUAACCUUAUGCCGUCAUAGUUAAUAUUUUCUCAGUACCCUUAAUAAUUCGUCCUUUGAACGCGAGACGACUCAGCGUAUUUGUUAAUAAUGUUUAAAUCACAGUGUAACUCCUAAAGAGUACUUUAGAGUCUUAAUUAAAGUCUUCGACAGUGGCACAUUAAAUUUGGGUACUUAGCCGAAUUCACUGAUUUUAUCUGUUUCGUUAUAUUUUAACUAUGCAUGAACAUUAACUUUGAGGAAAAAAAUAUUAUUGCGGUACUUUCCUAGUUCAAAGUCCUCGUAUUAAUUUACAUCUAAAAUCACCUAGCCAUAAAGGAAAAUCAACAGGCAAUCUUUCAGAAUGACAUGUAAUGUCAAAGAUUAAUUGAUUAUUAAACACAAAACGAUGAUUGGCUAUAAACAGCUGCAUUUCAUUGGGUUUUAAUAUUCAUUAUAGCAAACAGUGUAUUUAAUUUUAAAACUGUAAUAAACACACCAUCUAAAUUGUGCCAUAAAUAUAUCGUUUGCUGAAAAAAAAUUAUCGUGUUGAUUAUUUGACACACUGAGUUCUAUCUAAUGUUGUGUUGCUUACCUUUUAGGAUUUCAAAAUACAAAUAAAAGAGGUAUGAGUGCUCACUGCUGUAGCUCAACAUAGGGAUAUUUUGUCUAAACCCAUUAUACCAACUUGUGAAUCUUGUCUGUUAUUGACUUAUGAUUUAAUCAACCAUUCACUUAUCUUUAUUCAAGAGCUAUUAAAACCGCUGGAAAAUUAGGGAUGCUUUUAUUGAACAAAUAGGCUAUGCUUAAUAUAAAUCAAUUAUGUCCUUGUCAGUAAAUGUUCUUUGAACAGAGGACAGCGAUGGAUGUUUUACCAACCAUCUGUGAAUAAUUGCUUUUGUAUUAAUGUUUUGUUUUAAGCAGGGUUUUAAUUGGUGAGCCAUUUUUUAGUAUCAGUGCAUGUACCUAAGCUUUUGAUAUUGAAUUAGUUUUUGCAUGACAACAACAACAACAUUUAUUUCAGCCAUAAAGCUUACAAUAUAGCUUCUUACAUUAUUAGACUGAAACCGUUCGACAUUGUUUUCAUAAAUUAAUUGUCUUCCUUAGUAGUACUUAUUUUUGUUACUAAAGCGCAUUUUAAUCAUGAGGACAGAAUUAAUAUAACAGCAAAGUAAAUUAUGUUGAUCAUAUACGAUAUAUGCUAAAACUUGCAAUGUGUUAUUUUUAUUAUUGUAUUAUACAAUGUUUCUGUAUAUGUGGUAUUCUUUUAAACACAUUUAUUGUAUAUGAUAUAACAUCUCCCGUUUGUUUUUUUCAGUGUAAACGUAUUGUGAUUUCUUUUCGGAUGGUAUACAUUGAUUAAGAUAUACUUGCAUGUUUUAUCAAUAUAUACAUUUAUUGUGUACACAUGUUAAAACUCUUCGUA